UUCAAGUUUGGAUUGGAGAAUGGGAAGUGGGGCAAAUAAAGUGUUGCUUACUUCAAACGGAGAUGAGAUUUCACAGAAUAAUGCCUUUCAUUUGGUUAAACAAGGAUGCAGAUUGGUUUCGAUGGGAAAUGAGAAGGUUUUAAGGAGUAUCGGCGAGAAGAUAACAGGUGCAGUCAAAGGUGCUUUUCCAGUGGAGGCAGUUGAAAUGGAUAUGGAAGAGGAAAGGGAGGCAAGUUUUGAUGAAGCAGUGGAUAAGGCAUGUGUAAUUUUGGGAAAUUUAGAUGCUUUUGUGCUUUGCUAUACAUAUGAAGGAAAGAUGCAAGAACCUUUGCAAGUAACAGAAAGUGAGUUUAAAAAGAUGGUGAAAAUAAAUUUUAUGUCUCCAUGGUUUCUGCUGAAGGCUGUUGGAAAGAAAAUGCGGGACUAUAAUUCAGGAGGCUCCAUCGUAUUCUUAACCUCAAUAAUUGGUGCUGAGAGAGGACUAUAUCAAGGGGCGGCUGCGUGUGGUUCUUGUUCAGCAGGAAUACAGCAAUUAGUUAGACAUUCAGCCAUGGAGAUAGGGAAGUACAAGAUCAGGGUUAAUGCAAUCGCUCGUGGUUUGCAUCUAGAAGAUGCAUAUCCUGUGUCAGAAGGGAGGGAGAGGGCUGAGAAGUUGGUGAAAGAGGCAGUGCCAAUGCAGAGAUGGCUUGAUGUAAAAAAGGAUAUUGCAUCAACCGCCAUCUAUUUAAUAAGUGACGGUUCAAGGUACAUGACUGGGACAACCAUUUUUCUUGACGGGGGCCAGUCCUUGGCUAGGCCUAGGAUGCGCUCAUACAUGUAGGACUUAUUUCUGGUGCAAAAUCUGGAUCAAGAAGAGAAUCAUGUGUUGAUCCAGACAAUCAGUGAAGCAGCUGGUCACUUGUGUGUCUCGUCCGAGCGAGUUUGAUCUCCAGGUAAUAUGGACUUCUAAGUAUAUUUGGAACUACUCUCAUUCUUCACCUUAAUUCAUUAGCUAGUGCCAUUUGCGUCACAUCUCUUGCUCUUCUCUCCAGGCCACCUAAUAAACUUGAAAUAAAAUAGCAUAAAACGGAUCAAAGACA